GCGAUGUGAGCGUGUGCUUGUCUCUUUAAGAAACACUCCUGUUGCAUGAGAGCCUGGUGUUUUUCCACUCUCUCCGUUAUUACAUGCGCUCGCAUAUAAGACAGAAGUCGGAGGGAGAGGGCGUAAAGAUUGUUUCCCUCGCUUUGUAGCCUCACCAGAAGAAGACAACAGAACAAGACACGGACUCGAGCUAUAAAUUCCAUUGUCAGUAUGGCACAGAAGGAAAAGUUGCAGUGUCUCAAAGAUUUCCAUAAGGACACGUUGAAGCCGUCCCCUGGUAAGAGCCCCGGCACGCGUCCCGAAGACGAGGCGGAGGGCAAAGCACCACAGCGGGAGAAAUGGGCCAGCAAGCUGGAUUUCGUUCUCUCCGUGGCAGGAGGUUUCGUCGGGUUAGGCAACGUUUGGCGUUUCCCGUACCUCUGCUACAAGAAUGGCGGAGGUGCAUUUCUCAUCCCCUACUUCAUAUUUCUGUUUGGUGGAGGUUUGCCCGUCUUCUUCCUGGAGGUGGCGCUCGGCCAGUUCACCUCUGAGGGAGGGAUCACCUGCUGGGGGAAGCUCUGCCCCAUUUUCACUGGAAUCGGCUACGCCUCGAUCGUGAUCGUGUCCCUGCUGAACAUCUACUACAUCGUGAUCCUGGCGUGGGGUCUGUACUACCUGCUGCAGUGUUUCCAGCACGAGCUGCCCUGGGCUCGCUGCAGGCACAGCUGGAACACCGGGAACUGCGUAGAGGACACCGUCCGCAAGAACAAAACCCUCUGGCCCUCCACCAACCUCACCUCGCCGGUCACCGAAUUCUGGGAGCGGAACGUCCUCAGCAUCUCUUCAGGGAUCGACGAGGUCGGUGGUCUGAAGUGGGAGCUGGCGCUGUGCCUGCUGGCCGUCUGGAUCAUCUGCUUCUUCUGCAUCUGGAAAGGAGUCAAAUCCACCGGCAAGGUGGUCUAUUUCACAGCGACGUUUCCUUUCCUCAUGCUGAUUGUGCUGCUGGUUCGCGGUGUGACUCUGCCUGGUGCUGCCGAGGGCAUCAAGUUUUACCUUUACCCCAAUCUGACCCGCCUCAAAGAUCCUGAGGUGUGGAUUGAUGCAGGCACUCAGAUCUUUUUCUCUUAUGCUAUUUGUCUUGGUGCAAUGACAUCACUGGGAAGCUACAACAAGUACAAGUAUAACUGUUACAGGGACUGCAUGCUGCUCGGAUGCCUGAACAGCGGUACCAGUUUUGUGUCAGGCUUUGCCAUCUUCUCCGUCCUGGGGUUCAUGGCUCAGGAGCAGGGCGUGGCCAUCGCCGAUGUGGCCGAAUCAGGUCCUGGUCUGGCCUUCAUUGCGUAUCCAAAGGCCGUCACAAUGAUGCCACUGCCCACGGUCUGGGCCAUACUUUUCUUCAUAAUGCUUCUGCUGCUGGGCCUAGACAGUCAGUUUGUGGAAGUGGAGGGUCAGAUCACCUCUCUGGUGGACCUGUACCCAUCCCUCCUAAGGAAGGGAUACCGGAGAGAAAUCUUCAUCGCUGUGAUCUGCCUCAUCAGUUACCUGCUGGGACUCACCAUGGUCACUAAAGGUGGCAUGUACGUCUUCCAGCUGUUUGACUACUACGCCGCCAACUUCACCACUGUGUGCCUUCUCUGGGUUGCAUUCUUUGAAUGUGUUGCAGUAGCCUGGGUUUACGGGGCUGAUAAUUUCUACGAUGCUAUAGAGGACAUGAUCGGCUACAGACCCAACAGCUGGAUGAAAUGGAGCUGGAUGCUGAUCACACCCGUGCUUUGUGUUGGUUGUUUUGUCUUUUCAUUGGUGAAAUACAAGCCGCUCACCUAUAACAAGUUCUACAAGUAUCCUGAUUGGUCCAUUGGAUUGGGUUGGGCUCUUGCGCUGACUUCUAUGAUAUGCAUCCCGAUGAUGAUCAUAUAUUUUUUUAUUAGAAAAUCAUCCAAUCAGACGGCUCGCUGAUAGAGCGGAUCAAAGCCGUGGCGGCGCCGGUUAAAGGAGGCGCAAGCUCUCGUCCGAAGGAGUACAGCCAGAAGAACAGCGAGCUGCUUCACCCGCUGGACCCCAACGGCAUCCACGCCUUCACCAAACACAGCCACACCCUCGUAGAAACUACUAUGUGAGACUCUCUGAGAGAGAUUCCCGUAUUCUCCCGCUCCUGUCCUCUCCUAUGGGAGAUCCCGUUUUCCUGUUGUCCCGCUCCAUUCCCCUCUCUCACUCUGCACUAGUGUGUUUUAAUGAAAUGAUCUUACAUCAAUAUAUCUUUUUUGCAUUGUAGGAUUUGUAUUCUGAUUGUAAUCAAUGGUAUUAGCAUUAAUGCUGAUAUUGUAAUAACCUGAUGUGAGCUUUAGCCGUCUGGGGCGGUUUGUUUAAUCUGUAGUGCAGUGUUUCACAUUAAACCACAUCCUAAGCAGGAACGACACAGGAUUUACUGCUCAUCACAUUAUGAUUUCUUUCAUAUUUUAGAAUUUUGAUCCUAAAGAGUCACAAUAAGACAUUUUUCUUUCUAUUUUGGUCUUGUCACUCUGAAUAGCCCCGCCCACAACAUAUAUAUAUUAUUUUAUUUACAUUUUCUUAAAAUUUCUCUUAUUUUUAUAUUAUUUUUAAGUGAAUUCAGACUUUUCUACUUUCCUUCAAUAAUACAUUUAUUUAAAAGACUUAAAAUCAGGACAUUUCUACUUUCUUCAAGAAAAGAUAUCAUUUAAUUUAUUCAGAUUUUAAUUCAUUUGAUUAUGAAAAAAAAUUUUUUUUUCAGUUUUAGAUUAACUGUGAAUGUUGUUCACAUAAAAUCUUGAACAAAAUUUAACAAUAGGUUUAUAAUAUCAUCAAUAAUUUCAAGGUUUGGGUCAUAAAAAUAAAUAUAGGCUAUUAUAAUAAAUUCUACCAUUGCCUUAUUUUUAUAAUAGUCUUUAAUAUUAAUUCAUUCACUCAAAUAAAUGAGUGCAAUUGUUCCAAAAUUCUGCUCCGCAUAGAUUUACAUACAUAAACCAUCGCUUUUAUUCUAAUUAUGUUGCUUUGCAUUGCAUCUUACCUUGUAUGAUGACUUUUAUUGUGUCGCACCUGGUAAGGAUGCAAUUCAUCAGCAGAGAGUGACUUUUAGCUUCAUUUGUAGGAAAAGUUUUACUGUAAAACAGCAACGAGCUAAAUGUGACACACUACAUUAUGAUGUCCGUCAGUGGUUGUGGCAGUAACUCUUGUUCGAUGAGGUUCUUAAAUGUUCUCUGUCUUGAAGAAAAAUGAAUGUACCUCCGCUUUGGGCGGACGCUGUGCACAGACAUGCACACACACGCACGCACGCACACACACAC